GUGUUUUUCCUCCUUUUAGCGUGGGGGAACAUUUGCCUUGUCGAACGAGCUUUAUAAUUCAAACUUUUCAAGUUUUUAUUUAGUUGUUAAAGUUUUAACGGUGCUAUCCACUUAAGAAAGGAUCAUUAAUACAAUGCCUAGGAUACGCCCCGGGAUGAAAAAACCACCACCAGGCUUUGAGGCUAUCAAUGAUGCGUUAGACACCUUUGAAGACGCCAUGAAGCUCGCGUUGCAGGAGGAAUCUACUGGAGUGGUUGGACAGACAACUUGCCCACGCAACGCUAAGGACAAGGACAGUUUUGUCGAGACAAGGCGCAGGCGAGUAGAGGGAGUGCGCGGGGAAGAUGAUACAAAUGAUGAUGAGGAUAAUGAAGUAAAGGACCCUAAGGAAUCAUCGCAGAUUCAUGACAAAGCUCAGGCUUCAGCUGAGCCUAUGCCACCGCUGUGGCGAAUUGCUCAAAUUAAUCAUGAGCGCACACGCUACGUUUUUGAUGCCUUUUUCCGUUUGAAGGCCAUCAGUAAGGAAGUUUAUGACUACUGUUGUGAGAUGCAGUUUAUAGACGAAGGCCUGGCACGGCGCUGGAGGCUACCAGGGUAUGAACAUUUGUGUUGUAUAGCAUGUGCAGUUCCUGGUGCCGCCAGUGUGGCUGCGUCUAUAACGAGCAAAUAUGCAUUGCGCGACAAACGCGAGCAACGGCACGCGUCGGAUUCAAUUCAACAAAAGAAAGAGGACCGUUUGACGUGUAUAUGCCGUGUUCCAGCUUCUCAACGUAAGAACAAACACUUCUUUGCAUGCACUGUGUGUGGUUGUCGCGGUUGCUGCUCUACAGACGCCUCAAAUGAAAAUAAAAAAACAGCAGGGAGAGCAAAAACGACUGAAUAAAAAGAAUUCCUCAUAAAGUUGAUUCAAUCUGCUACUGAUUUCCCUACCAUUUAUUUUUGGUAUGCAGCAGUAUCAAUAAAGAAAAACUUUUCUACUAUGCAAAGUCUUUUUCUUUUCCUAAAGCUCUUUUAAUGCAUCCUAUGGUGAGUA